GCUGCUCCGCCGCUGCAGUCGCCUCAUCGGACCAGACUGCGGAUCACACGGGGUGACCAGAGGUGCACAGUGGGGGUCAAAAAUGGUGAAAAUCACAGCAGUGAAGACCAAGCCGUACACGGACCAGAAGCCCGGGACGAGCGGUCUGAGGAAGAGGGUGACGGUGUUCCAGCAGAACCAGCACUAUGCGGAGAACUUCAUCCAGAGCAUUAUCUCUGUCAUCGAGCCCGCCGAGCGCCAGGCGGCCACUCUGGUGGUGGGAGGAGACGGCAGGUUCUUCAUGAAAGACGCCAUUCAGCUCAUCGUUCAGAUCGCUGCUGCCAACGGGAUUAAUCAUCUGGUGAUUGGUCAGAAUGGCAUCAUGUCCACCCCAGCAGUCUCCUGUGUGAUCCGCAAGUUAAAGGCAGUGGGUGGAAUCAUCCUCACAGCCAGCCACAACCCAGGUGGCCCCAAUGGAGAUUUUGGCAUCAAGUACAACAUUUCUAGUGGAGGACCUGCUCCAGAGGGCAUUACAAACAAAAUAUUCGAGAUCAGCAAAGGCCUGCAGGAGUAUCACAUCUGCCCAGAGCUCAAAGUGGAUCUGUCCAAGAUCGGCAAGCAGACCUUCGAAGUGGACACCUUCAAGCCCUUCACAGUGGAGAUUGUGGACUCCGUUGAGGCCUAUGCUGAGAUGUUAAGGGGAAUCUUUGACUUUGCUGCACUGAAGGAGCUUCUCUCCGGGGCUAAUCACAUUAAUGUCCGACUGGAUGCUAUGCAUGGAGUGGUUGGUCCCUAUGUGAAGAAGAUAGUGUGUGAAGAACUGGGUUCUCCUGCCAACUCAGCAGUCAACUGCGUCCCUCAGGAGGACUUUGGUGGUCACCACCCAGACCCCAACUUGACCUAUGCUGCCGACCUGGUCAACACCAUGAAAGGUGGAGAAUAUGACUUCGGAGCCGCCUUUGAUGGUGAUGGUGACCGCAACAUGGUGCUGGGUAAACAUGGUUUCUUUGUGAACCCCUCCGACUCUGUGGCUGUCAUUGCUGCUAACAUUACCAGCAUCCCUUACUUCCAGAAGACUGGUGUCAAAGGACUGGCUCGCAGUAUGCCCACCAGUGGAGCCUUGGACAAUGUGGCUAAAGCUCUGCAGAUGCAGCUGUAUGAGACUCCGACUGGUUGGAAGUUCUUUGGGAAUCUGAUGGACGCUGGAAAACUCUCACUAUGUGGAGAGGAGAGCUUUGGCACUGGCUCGGAUCAUAUCCGUGAGAAGGACGGCUUGUGGGCAGUGCUGGCAUGGUUGUCUAUCUUAGCCACUAGGAAGCAGAGCGUGGAGGAGAUCAUGAAGGAUCAUUGGCAGAAGUUUGGCAGGAACUUUUUCACCAGGUAUGACUAUGAGGAGGUUGACUCGGACGCUGCCAACAAGAUGAUCAAGGAUCUGGAGACCGCAAUGUUCGACCCUUCCUUUGUAGGAAAGAAGUUCUCUUCAGGAGAUAAGACCUAUGAAGUGGCAAUUGCUGACAACUUCGCCUACACAGACCCUGUUGAUGGAAGUGUAUCCAAAAACCAGGGCCUCCGGAUCAUUUUUUCUGACGGAUCUAGGAUAAUUUUCCGUCUCAGCGGUACAGGCAGCGCAGGAGCAACCAUCAGGCUCUACAUUGACAGCUAUGAGAAGGACCCCCAGAAAAUUUACCAGGAUCCACAGGUGAUGCUGGCGCCCCUGGUAGACAUUGCCCUCAAAGUCUCUCAGCUCCACGAGAGCACUGGACGCACCGGCCCUACUGUGAUCACAUGAUUCCUCCACCACACUGCCUCCACUCACACUCAGCAACGGGAUACCUCCGCUCUCUCGGGGGUGAAGCUGCCCCUGAAUGCUGCUUUGGCUUCGGUUCCUGGCCCUCUUAAAAACAGAGCAGGGUGAAGGACUGAAACUCAACAUGCAGGUUGAAUACAAGAAAAUACAUGAGGAGCUAGUGAUUUUGCUGACAGUUAUCCACUGCCAUCUUGUAGUGCCAGACUGCUGUACAUUGUGCUGACAUGUUGUUGUCUUUGUUCUUGAAAUACUGGGAAAAUCUGCAAGUGUGAUUAAUAAUUUAGCUUGACACCUUUCAAGUAGCUUGCAUGACAUAAAGACACUGAGUGUGUUCCAAUAUCCAAACUACCAUACCAUGUAGUAUAUCAGACAAAAGAUUUAGUAUGUCUCAAUGCACAGUAUGCUAAGUGUAACAUACAAAAAAUACCAGGAUGUCUUACUACAUGUGGUUGCAUUUUGCAGUAUUCAUUCAGCAUAAUUUUCUAGCUAUUCUGACCCACAAUCCUCUGAACAGUGGAAAAUAUGUCACAUACAUCAGUACAUAUAGGUGUGUAAACAAGCUGGAGCUGCUGAGAGUGCACUACCAGAUUUUGUACUAUAGAUUUUGAUGGAUAUAUGAGCAAGGUGAUCAAUGCUUAAGGUGCAAUAUUAUGAUUUUGAGUAGUAUGUCCCAAUGGUAUGCGUACUGCAUGCAUCUGUGUGUAUUUUGUAUUGAAAAAAUAAGUAUGUGAUUUUGGAGCACAGUUCGUGUCACAUGUUCAGUAGCACAUGCUUGCACUGUGAUUUAAGGAAAACAAACUUUAACGACUCAAAAGUGGACUUAAAACUUAAAUUGAGUGUGCCUCAUGUAAUUUCUGGAACCACGUUCAACUAUGUUAUUGUCCAGCUGUCUCCCUGCUCUAUCGUUAAAUGGAGAAACUGCCAAACUCGUCAUAAAUCAGCAAUUUGGGGCAACCUCACCCCUUUCCCUCCUCUUUCCCCAUUACUGACCUGGUGCCUUUCCCUCCCUCUUUGCUCUAAAACCACCAAAACAGCCUCUCAACUUCAACCACAGUGAAAUUCUUGAGAACUAACACUUCCACCAUUAAUAAAAGAACCUUACAUAAA